AUGUCAGGGUUUGGCUCUCCCUGUGGUGCUUGCAAGUUUUUAAGGAGGAAAUGUGUUCAGGGUUGUAUUUUUGCUCCAUACUUCAGUCAUGAGCAAGGAGCUGCACAUUUCGCAGCCAUACACAAAGUCUUCGGUGCAAGCAAUGCAUCCAAGCUUCUGUCUCAUCUGCCUGCUACCGAUCGAUCUGAGGCCGCCCUCAGCAUUUCUUAUGAAGCUCAGGCUCGCCUUCAAGAUCCUAUAUAUGGCUGUGUUUCUCAUAUAUUCGCCCUUCAACAACAAGUUGUCAUGCUUCAAGCACAACUAUCAUCUCUCAAGGCCCAGACUGCAAAAGAUUCGGCAAAUAGCUCUACGUCUGCUCCUAUAAACGCCUCGAUGAAUCUUGAAUCUAGGUCAUGCUAUAAUGAAAACAAUAACAAUCAGCCGAAUUUUAUCAGUAGCGGUUGUUACGGUGAUCUCGAGGAGGGGUCUUCCUGUUCUAUGGCUUCUCACGAUGGGCGAGUUACAGACAUGGAGGACUUGAGGUCGGUGGCUUACGCUUGGUUGAAGAAGAUAUAGUAAGGGUUCAUCGUGUAUGUAAAUAUAUAUAUUAAAUAUAUUUGCCAAUUUUGAGAACUUAAA